UGACUUUGGAAAGAGGAUAACAUUUUAGUAGUUCUCUCUGUACACUAGUAUGGAAUUGUUUUAGGAAAGUAUGCGAUGGUGGUUUGUUCUUAUUGAGUUAACUUGAUACAGCUCCAAAGAGAUCCCUCCAAAGGACAUUAUAUUGGAUUGUUUUAGGCAAGUGUGUUAUAAGAAUGUUUUAUUGGUGGAGUGCUUAUACAUUUAUUCAAAGCAUAUGCUAAUGAAAUGGACAUCUCGAAAGGUUUGUGAUGCAGAUGAAAUAUUUAAGAUUAUUCUCGAUAUCUAUUAUGCGUAAAAGGAUUGUUUCAGAAAAGUCUGCCAUGGGCAUUUCCUUCCGAACUGUUUUAGUUUGGAGGUAAUUUUUGACAGAACAUUAACAUGGCUUUAACGUUUGGAAAACUUAAUAUCAACAUCCUUAUUCUAACAUGCAUUUUGCAAACUAAAGUUUACAGUUACAAAUGCAAUUCAAAAGAAUUAAACGGUGAUUUAAGAUGCAUUUUGAUUGGUGAAGCGUGUUCCCAGGAAAGCCCAUGUGAUAUAAUUUUCGGAUUCGUUUGUGACAAUGGAAAAUGUAAAGGGCCAUACAAUCUGACGGAAGCGGGUGUCGGAGAGAAUUCUGUGAAUGUCACGUGGUCAUCAACGCCUUACCAUGGCAACGAUUACGUCAUCAUGUACACGUCAUCAUUCCAGGAAAGUGUAUCAUCAUGGAAUACACAUGCCGUGGUUAACGCGACGUGGGCGACUCUUUACAACCUGACCCCCAGUACCCGCUACUACAUCAGGGUGGGGCCAAGACCCGACCCACAGGCCAACCUCAGCGAGACACUCCUGAUACAGACGAAAGCCAAGUCAAAUUGUCUCUACAAUGGACAAUUAGUGCCUGUUGGCGAGAAAUUAGUGAUCGACUGCGCAGAAUCAUGCAUAUGCGCAAAGACGGGUCAUUUUGUAUGCGCGCCAGUCUGCUCCAGAAGUGACCUUGACCUUUCCGGCUCGAGCGUAUGUAAAGAGGAACUGAAUGGGAGCUGCUGCGACCGUCUGAAUUACUGUUUGUAUGAGAAUUGCACGUACAUGGGUGAUUUUGUGCAGCACGAGUAUUCAUGGGCAAUUGAUUGUGCCGAGAACUGCACGUGUUAUGACGGUGACGUCACAUGCGUGCCACUCUGCAAUGACGUCACAGCUAUACCGGAAAAUUGUUCGCAUGUUGCUAAAAGCAAAACGUCGGAUGGAUGCUGUGAUGUUUACGACUGCGAAGAUGAAGAGAAAGUCUGUUUAUACAACGGUACCUCUUACAAAGCGGACAGUUGGUUCUCCACCGGAAAUUGCGACCUAUGUCGCUGCAGCUCCUCUUCAGUGGAUGUAGCAUGCGCCGUCCUCGACGAUUGCUUUGCGACCGCCUUGCCGGAAUCGUCUGCUGUCUGCCCGCGCCCAUUUGUUGCGCCAAAUCACUGCUGCCAGCAAGUCGUCUGCUUUCCGCAAACAGAUCCACGACAUAUGUUCAACAUGUUUACACUGACAAAGCACGAUAACUCCUCCUUGAUUGUCCGCUUCAACUUCAUUUCUUCAAAAGACGAGAGCUCGGCGGAAAACGCUGUUUUUCACUUCACUACGCAUGCGUCAAAUACAGAUAUCAAUUCUUGGCCAUAUGUCACCCUUGCAUUUCAAGAUGCGAUUGCAUCCAGUGACUUAGACUUUGAUGAAUUUGGGAACCAUUCCGUUUUAUACAAGAUAGACCGAUCGUAUGUAUUUAUUGUUCCGAAUUUGACACUUGACGUCUUUUACUACACCAGAUUUCAACUGACGUUCAAACAACGUGAUGUCAUACAGCCGUUUCUAACUCCAGUCUGGGUAGUGAGACAUUCAGUCCAAUCUUACCCAAAUAAACUUACAAACCCUAAAGCAACUCGACUUGACGUCAAAAACGUUACGUCGUCAAGUGCAACGCUAAAAUGGACCCGUCGAUCGAUCGUCAGAGAAGGAAUUACGUCAUUUAUGAUCAGAUAUAAAGCUUUGGGUGAUAAACGUUGGUCACUCACGCCACACAUAAUAUACACGGAAAGGACGCUGACGUUAACGUGUCUUUUUCACGGUAAAUGGUACGAGGCCCGUCUGCUGUCAUUUCCUGGAGAGCAUUGCUUAGCAACAACAUUCUUCAAUACGACGUCCAUUCGAGAAUCAACAGAUCCUCGCUUCAUGCUGACUAUAAAUGGCGUGUCAAUCGAAAGCGACGCCAUGACAGUCACGUGGGAACCAAUGUCAUUGGCUCUACAAGACAACGUGAUAAACAUCGAGAUCUUCUGGGCGCUUCUUGGCAAAGAGGAGCAUGUUUUGAAGGACUGUGUCUCGGCUAACCACAGCGCAUAUACAGUACGAAGUCUCACACCGGGAACCAUGUAUAGUAUUUGGUUAGCUGUGACAUUGACGUCUGGGGUCACUAUUUUGUCUGAGAGAGUACAUUUCGUCACUACUCGUCUUUCAUCAGUUCAUCCACAUUCCAUAUCAACCCACAGUCUCGUGGUUGCCAUAACAGUGACCUGCAUCUCUCUGGUUGCUAUGGUGAUCGCCAUAGUAACGGUCGUUUACGUGCUCAAAUAUAAACGCCGGGCCAACUACGAGAGUCACACAGCGUUCGAAAAUAGAAUAUUUCAGAUUUACAAAGAUAAGGAUGAUCGUGACCUUUGAAUCCAGGCAGUAGUUGGAUGCCCGGAUGUUCGGGUGCACGGAAUGCACGGGGAUAUCAGGCCUUGGAUGAUAUUGACCACUUCAAGCCAUAUUUUUGAAAAAAAUAAUAUUAAAUGACAAAAAGCCUAUUCUUUAUGAAAACAUCAGAAGAGAUUGUUUAUUGAGUCUUUAUCAAAUGCUGGCCAUUUGUUGCUUUUCAUGUUGCUCCGCUUGUUUUUGCCAUGCAAGAUAAAUAAUGGAUAUAGCCAUCAUGUAUGGAAAGUACCAUCUUGAAUUGAUAUUAAACUACCAUUGAACCAUUUGUACAUGCGAACGAGUUGUUUGAGAAAAGCUGUAGAAUAACGGGAAUUUAUUGAACUACCCAGCUGAGGUGUUGAUUUUGGCGAUCUAUUUACUUUUUGGACUGGGUUAAAUCU